CAAACAUCCCACGAGGCCACGAGCUUAACACCUGCGUCUUCAAGCUCCUCUUUCAUCCUUAUCUCUGCCACUCGCAUUCUUCAAUUAUUUCUCUCUCUGAUCAAACUUACCCACCAAAUUCUUCCUCUUCUUGUUCUUCUUUCUUCUUAUCAGAGAUUUCUAAAUAUGGCUCUCGAAACUUUGCUAAUUAAGGUAAAGACGGCGAUAUCCAGCAGUUUUGAUGUGGUGCGACCGUCAGCACCGAAGCCAAAACUACUAAAGAAGACGAACGUCGGCGUUUUGGCGUUCGAGAUCGCUGGCCUCAUGUCGAAGCUCCUCCACCUGUGGCAAGCCCUGUCGGACAAGAACACAGCCCGCCUCCGCAACGAGUCAAUCUCUCUGGAGGGAGUCCAGAAGAUCGUCUCCAACGACGAAGCUUUCCUCCUCGGCCUUGCGUGCGCAGAGCUGGUGGAGAAUCUCCGGCUCGUCGCGAAGUCGGUCUCUAGAAUAACAAAGAAAUGUGACGACCCGAAUAUCCGGCGCUUCGAACCGUUGUUCGACGAGUUCGCCAACUGGGGCCCGGACCCGCACGGCUGGGUUCUAAGCUUGAAAGAAAUGGAAGCCAGAGUUAAGAAGAUGGACAGAUACGUCACCGUCACGGCCACGCUGUACAGAGAAAUGGACGAGCUUUCUGUUAUGGAAAGUGGAUUAAGCAAAUCGUUGAAGUGUAAGGAAAAGGAGUCAACGAUUUGUGAUCUCCAGCAGAAGAUUUUCUGGCAAAGACAGGAGGUUAAGUAUAUGAAAGACAGAUCGCUAUGGAAUCGAAGCUUUGAUACUGUUGCCGCCAUGCUUGUACGGUCUACUUUCACCGUCCUGGCAAGGAUCAAACAUGUUUUUGGUAUAGGACAAUUUCCACUUUCUCUGACUCGCAGCCUUUCAGCUUCGGCCGCCGUGCACCCAUUAAUGAAAAGCUCAAAGCCUGAGGAAAAGUCGAAAGAUUUGGGUGAUGGGUUUUUCGAGACUAACUCCAAGCUCCUAAAGCCGCCGGAAACGACGCUAAGCUCCGCAGCUUUAGCGCUACACUACGCGAAUUUGAUCGUAGUGAUAGAGAAGAUGAUCAAGUCACCGCAAUUGGUCGGCGUGGAUGCGAGGGACGAUCUUUACGCGAUGUUGCCGAUUAGCAUACGAUCCUUGCUGCGGGCAAGGUUGAAGGGAUCCGUGGGAUUCUCGGCGAGCGAUCCAGCGCUUGCCGGAGAGUGGAGGGAGGCUUUGGGAAGGAUCUUGGGCUGGUUGUCGCCGUUGGCACAUAAUAUGAUAAAAUGGCAAAGUGAAAGGAGCUUUGAGCAGCAAAAUUUGGUGCCCAAAACGAAUGUUCUACUUCUACAGACGCUGUUUUUCGCCAACAAGGAGAAGACCGAGGCCGCCAUUGCUGAGCUGUUAGUGGGUCUGAACUACAUUUGGAGGUUUGAGAGGGAGAUGACUGCUAAGGCCUUGUUUGAAUCCGCCAACUUCAAUGGGAUCUUGAAUGUGAAGAAGUCCAGCUAAGGAGAUAAUGCAUGGCUUUUCUUUCUUUCUUUCUUUCUUUUUUUUUUUUUUGGGGGGGGGGGGUUCUAAUUUUGUUAAUUUCUGAUAUUCUAUCCUGGUUGAUUUUAGUUUAAACUGAGUUCCAGAUCAAUCUUUAAGGGUUUGUUUUGCUUGUAACCCUGAUCUGCAUGUAUAUGGUAAUACAAAUGUCUGUAAAUGAUUUUGAGUAAUCCAAACAAUGCGAGGGGCUUUAAAUAUACAUUUCUCAGUCAUGCAUGUGAAAUUAUUGUUAUUUAUCAUCAUUUUUAUUAAAAUAUGUUGGCACCAUUAAUGGAUCCAGAUUCAGUUCA